CACGGUUGAUUGCCUUGAAUUUUUUUUUCUGUAUUCCUUUCAUUUCCAGACACUUCUAUAUACAAAAACUUUUAUAUUUAUUGCGAAAAUCAAUUUUAUUUCAAACGAUUUUCACCAUCUUUUUUGUGGGUUCAAUUUUUCAAUAAUCAUCGUCAUCGAUAACAAAAACAAAAGAGAACAUUUCUGGCUUUUUUGUUUUUGCGUAAAUCCCGAAGAGCAUUUAAUCCCAGUAGUCGUAUCAUUAUAAUGGAUUCAAAAGUUGCUCAAAAUCGAAGCGCUUUUCAUCAAUAUUAUCUGAAUCGUUUUCCAUUAAGAUUUCUGAUUACCCGUUUAUUUCGGAUAUUCAUAAGUGGUGAAUUGUCAAGAAGAAAACUUGUGACCAUGAUGGUCAAUAGUGUUUGUGAAAAACAAGGAUGUUCGAAUAAAGAUACCGGAAUAUUACGAUGGGCUGUGAAUACGAAUCGUUGGCAACCGACACGUACAGAAUGGCUAACAGCAAUGCGUAUGGUCGACAAUGAUCAUGAACGUAAUCGUAUCAAUCGUUAUAUAUAUAAAAAAGAUGCUAAACAUGCAUUAGUUGGACGUUUACUUAUACGAAAAUGUUGUGAACAUUUUGUUGGAAGCAAAAGAUUUUGUCUUUAUUCUUCGAAUAAUUCUGAAUCAUCAUUUGUUGAUAACGAAGAUCAAUUGAUACUCGAAAGAAGUGAUAAAGGAAAGCCAAUAUUGAUUGAAAUCGAUUCCAAUGGUAAUCACAUACCUUAUCAAGAUUUUCAAUUCAACAUAUCUCAUUCGGGUGAUUAUUGUGUACUUGCUGCUGAUUCAUCCACUACUAAAUUAGGUAUUGAUGUUAUGAAAGUAGAAUAUUCUGGCGGUAUGCACAAACUUAAUGAUUUUUUCAACAUAAUGCGUAAACAAUUCUCGGAAGAUGAAUGGAAAUAUAUUCGGCAGUCGUCUUCAGAUUAUGGCCGUCUAGCUCGUUUCAUUCGACUCUGGUCAUUGAAAGAAAGUUUUGUCAAAGCAGAAGGAAGUGGUAUCAUAUUUCCUCUAUCGAAGAUUAGUUUCGUUUGUCCUAGUGACCUUGUUAUGCCUAGUCAGAAGAGUCGUUUUGAUUCGAUCGUUAAUGUAUUGAAUGGCAAUUACAAUAGUCAACAAACAUUAAGCAAUUGGAUAUUUGAAGAAUCAAUGAUUGAUCCAAAACAUUAUGUUUCCGUAGCUAAAUUGUCCCAGAAUUCCAAUGCUGAAGAAUUGAAAACAGAUCGAGAUUAUCAAUUUAGAAUGUUGUCCAUUAAAGAUCUCAUUCCUGAUUUUCAAUAUUCGGAUCUACAUUCGUUUGAAGAUGAAUCCUAUUGGAUUGAUUUUUGUCAGAAAUCUUAAUGUACAAAUUCAAUGAAACAUUUAUACACAAACACUUGAAAUCGGAAUUUU